AUGAAACUCCAAACCCUAAUUCUUGUCACCGUUCUUCUAAUGGCCUCUGCGGCGGCAGCAGCAAGGAAGCAAUAUCCGCUGGGUGGUUAUAUCCCCAUCACAAACAUCAACGAUCCUCACGUCAUCGAGAUCGCUAAAUUUGCCGUCACUCAGUACGACAAGCAGAGCGGUGCGAAGUUGAAGUUUAAGAAGAUAAUCAAAGGUGAAUCUCAGGUUGUUGCAGGGACUAACUACCGCCUCACACUCUCUGCCGGCGAAGGUUCUGUUUCGAAUAUCUAUGAAGCUGUUGUGUGGGAGAAGUUAUGGCUUCACUUUCGAAACCUUACUUCUUUUAAACCUGCGCAUGCUUAA